CAGCGGAGCGGAGAGCACUUGCAACACAGAACCGCGAGGCAGCCCGGCGCCUAAAACAGCGCGCAUCCGUGCGAGGGCAGGCAAUAUCACCUUGAGGUCUCGCGUGCGCUUGCCCAACCCCACAUCUCAGGGCCCUAGGGCUGCUCUCCUUGCAGGGGAGAGAGAGCGCCGCGCCGCGCACGGCGAGGCCGCGUUGGCGAGGCAGCCCACACCACAACAACCAUGGGCACCUCCAAAAGUCCCAAGCUCAAAGCCUGGGCCAGCGUGAAGUCCGUGCGAGCCGCGACGAGGUUAAAGCGCAGCGUCUCCUCGAGCAGCGCCUCGUCGCGCGCGCUCCGCAAGACCAAAGCUAGAUUGAUGCGUUUGGAUGCCCGCGAGCGGCCGCGCCGCGCGCGCGAUAGGAGAUGGCGAUUAAGAGGCGAAGCGAACGGCGUCCGCGUCUUCGUCGAGGAAAGUUGUAGACGGAGCUGGAAGUUCAACGUCGUGCCCCUCGUCGUGAGUGUUUUAGCGGUUGCGCUGCACCGGUUCCAGUACAUACCUUCUCCGCUGCUUGUUAUGAUUGCCAUUCUACUCGUGACACUGACGGACGCGUCGAUGGGGACAUGGCGGAUAACGGGCAGGGUAAGGGCCGACGUGCGCGUCGAGGCCUCGCCGGAAACGGCCUUCGCGUUCCUCGCCGCGUCCGAUCCAAGCGUGAAACGCGAGUGGAGUGCCUGGUUCGAGCAUCAUAGGGUGCGGAGCUUCGACGCGCAUACGGCGCUGGUGGACACCGUCGAGGCGGCUCCGUUAUCUUGGGCGCGGGUGUUGGCCCCGAUGCCGCGGAUCUCGAGGACGAUCCGGUUCUGGAGUCGAGAGGGUAGGACCUAUACGAUAAUAGCGGCCGACGCCGACGGCACGGAGGAGUCGUCCCAGAAUAAGUUGGAGUGGCGCGUCGGCGUGCGGACGCGAACCACCGAAGACCUGACUGUGGUAAGGCCUCGACGCACGCACGGCGCCGAGAUCACCAGAGAUGGCGUCAUGACCGCGGCUGUGGUCACGCGAGUCCUGGACCAGGAUUCGAGACUGUGGUGUUCUCGUCGGUCGUCGUUGGCGCUGGCGUGGAGCUGUCAGAAACUUGUCGAUGAAUUGCGAGGGUUACAGUUGGCUUGUGCUCACUUAGUGGACGACGCGUCCUUCUUAGAUCAGCGGUCGCACUUCAACUACUCCCCGGCGCAACUCCAGAGAGACGCGAAGCUCUCGGGAAGGGGCCGCGCGGCGACGCACGACGACGACGACGAGUCUGAGACGAGCUCUGACGACGAGGGGACGCGCCUGUUCCGGGCCUGCGCGGCGACGCCCGACUCGCCGUUGUCCGAGACUUUCAGUUUUGACCGAGUGCCGUCGACCCCUUCACAAAAGUACGCGUCGGCCUUCGUCCUGAAGCGCUCCACUGGAGAAGACUCGAAGUGGGGCGCCUUCGCCGAACCGGCGGCUGCCGAUUUCAAAGUCAGAGGCAAGAACUAUCUCCAGGAUAGAAAGAAGAUGCGAUCUGAAAGUAGUUUAUGCGAGCUCGCCGGCGUCGAUGCGCUGAAGGCCACGGACGGGCCUCUCCUGAACCUCGGAAGUCGAAGUGAUAGUCCCUGUAGAAGCUUAGUGAAAAAUGACGGUUCCUUGGUACUGAUCGUGAACUUCGUGCUACCGCUCGCAAGGCACUACGUGUCGCUCGCGGCCUACUUCAUCGCUCCGCCCGAAAAUCAACUGAGGGGCGACCUCCUGAAACAGCGACGAAUGCUAUCGAAAUUCUGUUCCGAAACAGAUACGGUGCGAGACGAGACGAUGAAGAUUAUCCCCAAGAUUGUGGAAGGCCCCUGGGUCGCGAAGCACGCGCUGGGCUCGAAGCCCGCGUUGCUAGGUCGGGCCGUGACGUCCGAAUACCACUCUGGCGAGGGCUGGUUCGAGAUGGACAUUGACGUUUCUUCGUCCUCCGCGGCGUCCGGCGUGCUGCGGAUCAUGAAGUCAUGUAGCAAAGCCUUGGUUUGUAAUUUGGCUUAUGUGUUGGAGGGCAAGAGUGAGGAGGAGUUACCUGAAAGAUUGUUGGGCACCAUGGCCUUCGUUCAUUUCGACCUGGAUCCGGACAAGUCGCCCCUCAUCCGGACCGUGAGCGCGGAGGCGCCUUGAGUCCCUGCGGUGCUCACGCGUGCCGCGCAGCAGGCACGGCGGCGUCGGCGAUCUCGGCGACGCCUCCCAAUUCACUUAUUCUCUCAAGUUCGAUAAAAACCCUUAAGCUCGCACUUACGCACCGCGUAGCACCGAGUAAGCACGAAGUACCUUACGCCCCACGAAAAC